AUGGCCGCAUCAUCAACGGGCCUCCGCUACCCCUCGAACAAAAAGACCAUCUACGACCGCAACAUCAACCGCACCAAAACCUCCGAGCUCAGCCGCGCUGCGUUCGCAUACCUCUUCGUCGAGAUGAUCACCUACGCUCAAAGACGAGUAACUGGCAUCGCUGACCUCGAGAAGCGCUUAAACACCCAAGGCUACCCCCUCGGUCUCCGCCUCCUCGACCUCCUCCUCGCCCGCACCGCCUCCUCUGCUACCACCUCCCCUGCCAACCUCCGCCCGACCCGCAUCCUCCCCCUCCUCCAAUUCAUCCACACCACCCUCUGGCGCCACCUCUUCGGCCGCCCCGCCGACGCCCUCGAGCGCAGCGCCGCCAACGCCGCCGAGUACAUGAUCAGCGACAACGACCCACUGGUCAACGGCUACGUCAGCGUGCCGAAAGAGAUCUCACAGCUGAACUGCGCGGCGUUCGUGGCUGGGGUGAUUGAGGGGGUGUGUGAGGGGGCGGGGUUCGCGACUGAUGGGGUGUCGGCGCAUUGGGCGGAGGGGGCGGGCGGGGGGGAGGAUAUGUGGCCGGGGAAGACGAUUUUUUUGAUUCGGUUUCGGGAGGAAGUGAUGGAGAGGGAGGAGAUUUUGGGGAGGGCAGGGUAG